ACAGUAUUAAUAAGCACAAUUAUAUAUAAUUAUAAUACAAUGUCUAAUUCAAAAGACUUUAAUGGGAAAGUGGUGUUAAUAACGGGCUCGAGUGGUGGUAUCGGUGCCACGACUGCCAUAGAGUUCAGUCGCAACGGCGCUAAUGUUGUGAUAACCGGAAGAAACGCUAAUAACUUAUCAGAAGUGGGGAAAGAGUGUCAGAAUGUAUCACCGAAAGGAUUACCGCCACUGGAAGUGGUGGCAGACGUUAGUAAAGACGAUGACUGCAAACGACUCAUUGAUUCAACGAUUAAAAUAUUUGGAAAACUCGAUGUUUUGGUGAAUAACGCGGGUUUUGGUAUGGGAUCACUCAUUACGGACGCAAACAUUUUGGACAAAUAUAAGCAGAUUAUGGAUACAAACCUGCGUUCAGUCGUAUAUUUGACUCAUUUAUCUGUUGAACAUUUGGAGAAAACAAAGGGAAAUAUAAUUAACAUGUCAAGUGUUGCCAGUAUGAAACCAUUUUGUGGAUUCUCUCUAUAUUCAAUGUCUAAAUGUGCCCUGGAUAUGUUCACCAAGUGCCUGGCUCUCGAAUUGGGACCCAAAGGCAUUCGAGUGAAUACAAUAAAGUAUAGAAUUUGUUUGAAUUAUGAAAUUUGUAUAACAAUUACUGAACGCUUAUCUGUCAGUCCGGGUCACGUGAGGACUAAUUUCCUUCAAGUGGUCGGCUAUUCAAAGAGUCAAUCGGAUGCCAGAUAUGAUGAGUUGGCCAAUAAGUAUCCGCUCGCAAGAGUUGGCGAGUCUAAGGACAUCGCAAACGCCGUCCUAUUCAUGGCUUCCUCGGAGUCCUCAUUUGUGACGGGAAUUAACUUUUUGUCAGAUGGAGGCGCCCUUUACUCCAACAUUUGA